AUGAUAACAGUUUCAGACCUUUAUCAUGUUCUAACUGCUGUAGUUCCACUUUAUGUAGCUAUGAUAUUGGCAUAUGGCUCAGUAAAAUGGUGGAAGAUAUUUAGUCCAGAUCAAUGUUCAGGAAUCAAUAGAUUUGUGGCUCUUUUUGCAGUUCCAUUGUUAUCUUUUCACUUCAUUGCUUCAAACAAUCCUUAUGCCAUGAACUACAGGUUCAUAGCAGCUGACACAUUACAAAAAGUUAUUGUUCUGGUUGUUUUAGCUAUUUGGUCAAGAAUUAGCUCAAGGGGGUCUCUUGAAUGGUCCAUUACUUUGUUUUCCCUUUCAACUUUGCCUAAUACUUUAGUUAUGGGAAUCCCUUUGUUAAAAGGGAUGUAUGGUGAUGCCUCAGGUAGUUUAAUGGUUCAAAUUGUUGUUCUUCAAUGUAUCAUUUGGUACACUUUGAUGCUUUUCUUGUUUGAGUAUAGAGGUGCUAGAAUGCUUAUUGCUGAACAGUUUCCUGAUACUGGAGGAUCAAUUGUUUCAUUUAAAAUUGAUUCUGAUGUUAUUUCAUUAGAUGGAAAAGAACCAUUAGAAACUCAAGCUGAAGUUGGUGAUGAUGGGAAACUUCAUGUAGUUGUUAGGAAAUCAGCUAGUUCAAGGUCUGAAAUUUUUUCAAGAAUGUCACAUGGUCAUAACACUGGUGGUCUUUCCAUGACACCACGACCAUCCAAUUUGUCUAAUGCUGAGAUUUACUCUUUGCAAUCUUCAACAAAUAUGACCCCUAGAGAUUCAAAUUUUAACCAUAAUGAUAUAUACUCAAUGGUGAAUGGGAAAAAUAAUGCAAAUAUGAGUCCUAGGACAUCAAAUUUUGGUAACUUGGGAUUUGAUGAAGAGAGUGGAUUUGGGAAGACUAAUGUAGGGUACCCUGCACCUACUAAUGCUGGGAUUUUUUCUCCGGCAAUCGGACCGGGGACAAAAAAGAAGGCUAAUGGGACAGAAAGUGGAAAAGAUCUUCAUAUGUUUGUUUGGAGUUCAAGUGCUUCACCAGUAUCUGAAGGAGGGAUUCAUGUGUUCAGGGGAGGUGACUUUGGUAAUGAGCUUGGAAUUGGACAUCACUCAAAAGAUUAUGAUGAUUUUGGCCGAGAAGAGUUUUCUCUCAGGGAUAAAAAUAACUCCAAUGGAUGUCAUCGAGAAGAGCCGGUGCUAAAGAAGCUAGGAUCGAGUUCUACAGCCGAGCUGUUUCCCAGGACUGCUACUGAAACUAAGGCUACUGCUAUGCCUGCUGCUAGUGUGAUGACCAGACUUAUUCUGAUUAUGGUGUGGCGAAAACUCAUUAGGAACCCGAAUACUUAUUCUAGUCUCCUUGGUCUUGCUUGGUCCUUGAUCUCAUUCCGGUGGAACAUUCAGAUGCCUUUAGUUUUUGCUAAGUCGAUAUCAAUUCUCUCCGAUGCUGGUCUUGGAAUGGCAAUGUUUAGUCUUGGUUUGUUCAUGGCGUUGCAGCCUAAAAUGAUCUCCUGUGGAAAAUCAAUUGCUGCCUUCUCUAUGGCAGUGAGAUUCAUCAGCGGUCCAGCAGUCAUGGCUGCUGCCUCCUUCGCUAUUGGACUUCGAGGUGUUCUUUUGCAUAUUGCAAUAGUUCAGGCAGCUCUACCUCAAGGAAUCGUUCCUUUCGUCUUUGCAAAAGAAUACAAUCUUCAUCCUGAUAUACUUAGCACAGGGGUUAUAUUUGGUAUGUUAAUAGCUCUUCCAAUCACUUUGGUUUACUACAUUUUGCUGGGGCUUUAG